CGCCGUCACGAAGGUCGCGCGUUGCCACAAACAUUAUUACGCAGGUGGCUGCAAUAUAAUGUCCUUCGCUUCAAAUUUGGCAACGUGUCUUUAACAAAAUUCAAUGCAAACAGUGCCGUCACUUUGGAAUUGACAACCUCUGUACCAGUCGCAGGACACGAGUAAUUGCUUGUACAUAUGAUGAAGUGAAAUUCGAAAUGGAUCUUUUUAGCUGCUUUGAUUGCUGCAGGAAGGAAGUUGACGAUGAAAGAUCGGAGAGUCAGCAUAUCCCGGCUCUUUUCUAUGAGCACGCUGUUAUACACAAGCCCGUUAUCUGGAAGUGGGUGUAUUGCCUCCAUGUAGCCAUGCAUAAAGGUCAUUCACCUGCUUCAGCUUGGCUUUCGCGCAAGGCGAUCAUCGGGGUAGACCUGUGCUGUGGGCCUAUGGUCCACCAUGCAGCUGUUCUGAGCGGCUUCCUGGAAUCCGUUUACCUUGCUGACCCAAUUGAGGAGAACCGUAGAGCCCUUUGCUCUUGGCUCGACGGGGACCCCGGCUGUCUGGAUCAUGAUCCCUUUCUUGCCAUGGUGGCGAAAGUCGAAGAACUUCCGGAAACCAUAGGCGUCAACUUUAUCACAACGCGCCUGCGCAAAGCGGUGCGCGGUGUCCUCCAGAGCAGCUUCCACCACCCAUACGUCCUACCAAAGUGUCAUGGGGCGUCGGCGUUUGACGUCGUCCUCCUCAUGACCCGCACCCUGGAGACUUUCUGCAGUGACGCAGAUUCCUAUGCUGCCGUCAUUCGAAGGGUCAACUUCCUUCUCCCAAUAGGAGGACUUCUCAUACUCGUCGGUGUCCUCGGCCGCACGGCCAGCAAUGUGACCAUGCGGCCGGCAACGAAGGAGACUUUAGAAACUGCGCUACUCAAUUCUGGUUUCGGAAACCUGCAAUGGUACCUGAAGAAUCUGGACCCCAGGCCCUGCUCUCACGGAGUAUAUUCGUAUCUAUUGCUGUCCAAUAAGUUAUGGGGAAUGCAAAUGAGUUAAUUUAGAGGCCGUAGCAUCGUAAAUGUGUGAGAAGGAUGUUCACGACGGGACAACGUCCCUCAUAAGCGACGAGGGAAAUAUAAGAAUAUUUCGUUUUGGAUAUCAAGAUUCGUAGUUAUGUGCUCAGGUCAAAAUGAUUUUGACUUGGAACUGCAGAUUGCCCUGCUAUUUGUGCCCAUAAACAUUUCCUCCAAAUCCUCGAAGUGAGGUAAGCAUUCAAUAUACACCACAGGUGUGUCCUAAACUUUGUAAAUGAGUUCGGCUGUAAGAAUAAUACAGAUUUUGUACUGUGUAUCAAAACGACUUUUAUUAAAAUUCCUAAAAAAUAAUUUACAAGACAAUAAAAAUGCAGCGUGCAUAAAACAAAA